AUGUGGCGUUUGAGUCUCUUGCGGCGGGCGGCCGCUGUGGGUGGAAGAGCGCAGCCGUCUAGCUCCCCCUCACGUCCGUAUCACCGCGUGCUCAAGAUGCUGCAGGUUGGGGGUGAAGGACUUCCUGCGGCAAUGGGUGUUUUUGAACAGUUUCGAGCCUUUUACCGGCAUGUCAUGGCAGAGAGGGCGGCUUCAGGGACACCAAUGAGACCGGUUGAGGAAUUUUGUGGUGCCUUGGAGGAUGUGGAGCCUUUCGCGGUUGUCAUGAUGAAAGUUCUUUGCGAUCUUCAGAAGAUGGAGGAACUCCGUUUUCUCUUUGCGCAGUGUGUGCUAGAGCUUCACGCACCGUCGAUUGAGUUGUUCAACGUGUACCUGCUUGCCAUCUCACUGACAGAUACCUUUAACCAGUACGAGAUUGAAAAUGUUGUGGAGGCUAUGCGCAAAAAAUCUGUCAGUCCUGAUGUGGUGACGCGGCUUUCGCUAUUUAUUUUGUACAUGCGUUUGGGGCAGGACUACUCGGUGUGGUGGCCGGAGAUACGGGACGAGGUGAUGAGCAUCGCGAAGGCCGAGCGGAAGGGCCAAUACCCACUUCUUGAAGUGCGGUUGCAGCAUUGCUUUCAGACGAUGCUUCGUUUGCAUCACGAUGUGGCCAUGAUUCAGGAAUGCUUCGACCUAUUGAAGCUCGUUGACAGGCAGAGACUCUCGUCUCGGCUCCUGCUGCCGUACAUGCUGCUUAGCGCCAAUAAUGCGGCGGCACCGCCUUCGACAACAGUUAAGUUAAUACAACUUCUGGAAGCAGCGUGGAAGCUGGAAACGCCCACGUCAGAGGGUACUUUCCCACGGUCUAUUUCUGAAGUCACCGAGGUGGAAGCGUUGAGUGGGAACUUAGCUGACCCCGUAUUAAACAAUGAACUCACCGCACUGAAACUUAUGGCCAAGUGUGCCAAAUGGGGAGAUGUGGCAUCUGCCGCCUAUCUUCGAGAAUACCUUGGUAAACACCCCGGCAUUAUAUCCCCAACAAACCAACUGACAGUAUCAUUACUUUCCCUGGAGGCCGCUUCACGGGGUAGGAAGCUGAAGGAGGCGCUGACCGUGCUAGAGGAUGAAGUGCCGGAGAUUCACUCUCAACCAGGUCCCCGACCAAAAUUGUUUCUGGAGUCGAGAAAAGUGACGCUGCUCAACGCGGACCCAAUCAUGACGCUAGUACGCUUUGUUGCGUUGGGCGGAGCAAGUGUGGAGGAGGGGUUGGCCAUUUUGGAAGAGCGACGGGAGGCUGGUUGUGAGGUGAGUCACAAGUCUCUUAAUGUGCUCAUGGAAGCUGCUGCGCUGCUGAAGGAUGAGGGAAAGGCAUCCAUGGUGUUUGCCGCCUUUGAGAGUCUUGGGGCACAGCGAACUGCUCGUACGUUUUUGCUUCUACUUCGUUCCUUGCGUGACGCGGCGAGUUCGGUGGCGCGACUGCCAGACGCUUUGGUGGAGAUGUCUGAUUUGGGCAUUGAGCUUUCACGCGAUUUUCUUCGUGGGGGACUUGAGCUAGCAAUUGACGCACAGGACGUUUUCACUGCGAUGCAGAUGGUUGGGUACCAUGAACAAAAGUCCCUCUCUAUUGAGAGUAAGCUGUCGAUACGUCUUAUGCAGCUGCUUUGUCUCGUUGUGGACGUGGAAAGUGUUCGGAGACUCAUUGCGGUGUUAAAGGCAACUGAAUCACCUGUUGACUCUCGAAGCGUUUCAUUGUGUGUGGCUACCUUUAACAAGUGGGCAAUCCCCUGUGACGAUUUGCAUGCUCUAUAG